UGUUGUUGUAAGUGCAGGAGAAAUUACUUUGUCGGCGCUGGUCCGGUUUGGGAUUUUAACGCUCGGCUCCGCGCACGAAGAUGCUAAAAAGUUAGGGAUUGUCGCCGCGGGAGACGUUCCGCGUUGUUUGCGAGGUGGUUCUCGCCGGAAAACUCCAUGGGACGACGGAAACAACCUCUGCGCGGCCGUUCAAGGUGUGGCUGGUAGAGCAGCUCGAGGCAGAGGAUCCCUCCCCCCCACCCUCUCCCCUGGUGCCCUUUUAGGGGGAGAGCAGUGUCCUCGUUUUGUUUGUUUUUUUCUUUUUCUGCCCGGAAGCAACCCUCCAACUUGUGAAUUCAUGAUCACAUGACCGUGGAUAUGGACGCAGUCCUAUCCGACUUUGUCCGUUCCACUGGAGCUGAACCGGGAUUGGCCAGAGAUUUGCUAGAGGGCAAGAACUGGGAUUUCACUGCUGCACUCAGUGACUUCGAGCAGCUUCGACAGGUGCAUGCUGGGAACCUGACGUAUUCUUUCGCAGAGGAUAGAACGUAUCUGCCUCUGGAAAAAGAGAUGGCGAGGGUAGGACGGCCCAUCCUCCACCGACAGGACGAGGUGGUGCAAGCCACAGAGAAGCGGCUGUCCAGGGGUAUUUCCCACGCCAGUUCAACCAUCGUGUCCCUGGCCCGUUCUCACGUCUCCAGCACCGGUGGUAGCAGCAAUGAGCCGCUUCUGGACACGCCCCUGUGCACUUUCCAACUACCAGACCUCACCGUGUACCAGGAUGACUUCCGUGGUUUCAUCGAGAGGGAUCUUAUAGAGCAGUCAAUGAUGGUGGCCUUGGAGCAUGCAGGUCGACUGAACUGGUGGACAAAAGUAGUUUCAAACUGUCAGAAUCUGCUGCCGCUGGCAACGAGCGGAGAUGGAAAUUGCCUGUUACAUGCAGCCUCGCUCGGCAUGUGGGGCUUUCAUGACCGCGACCUGAUGCUGCGUAAGUCGCUCUAUGCGCUGAUGGAUCACGGGCUGGAGAGAGAGGCACUGAAGCGCAGGUGGAGGUGGCAGCAGACCCAGCAGAACAAAGAGUCUGGUCUGGUGUACACGGAGGAGGAGUGGCAGAAGGAGUGGAAUGAACUGUUGAAGUUAGCCUCCAGUGAGCCGAGAAUACACUACAGCACCAACGGCACCAACGGGGCGGAGUCUUCGGAUGAACCGGUUUAUGAGAGUUUGGAGGAGUUUCACGUCUUUGUGCUGGCUCACGUUCUCAGACGACCCAUAGUGGUGGUGGCCGACACCAUGCUGAGGGACUCUGGAGGAGAGGCCUUUGCUCCCAUCCCGUUCGGAGGCAUAUACCUACCGCUGGAGGUGCCAGCUGCUAAGUGCCAUCGCUCGCCGCUGGUCCUGGCGUAUGACCAGGCGCACUUUUCAGCGCUGGUCUCGAUGGAGCAGAAGCACAGCUCCAAAGAGCAAGUUGUGAUCCCUCUCACGGACUCGGAGCACAAAAUGCUGCCUCUGCACUUCGCUGUGGAUCCUGGGAAAGACUGGGAGUGGGGCAAGGAUGACUCAGACAAUGUGAUGCUGGCAAGUGUGGCUCUUUCUUUGGAGGCCAAGCUCCAGAUGUUACACAGCUACAUGACGGUCACCUGGCUGCCUCUGCCCUGCGAGCAAGCGCCUCUGGCACAGCCCGAGUCUCCCACUGCAUCGGCAGGAGAGGAUACACGCACGCCUCCUGACUCAGGCGAGUCGGACAAGGAGUCAGUCAGCAGCAGCUCCAACGGCAACUGUGACACAACCACGGGAUCAACGACCUUUGGAGGCGGGUCCUUGGCCAAGAACAGCUCCUCGUCCUCAUCUAGUUCUUCUAGCACAGGUUCGGCAGGGACAGGAACAGCUGGGAAGGACAAAACCAAGAAGGACAAGGAUAAAGACAAGAAGAGGGCAGACUCUGUGGCCAAUAAGCUCGGCAGUUUUGGCAAGAGCCUGGGCAGCAAGCUGAAAAAGAACGUGGGCGGACUGAUGACGGGAAAGAACGCUGGAGCUGGAGGUGCCAAGCAGGAGGGCGGGGAGAAGAAAAAGGGCUCAUUUAGGGGGAGGAAGGGCAGCAAGGAUAGCUCGCCUUCAGCCCAUGCCUCAGAGGAUUCUGGGAAAGGCUCCCCCUCCUCAGGUAGCGAGCGUCUCAAUGGAACAGGAAGCAGUAUGAGCAGCAGUGGUGGGAGCAGUAUCGAGAACGAGACCUACAAGUACAGUGCAGAUGUGAAGGUUAGCCUCGGCAUCCUACGAGCCGCCAUGCAGGGUGAGAGAAAGUUGAUCUUCUCCAGCCUUCUCACCACGAGCAACAGGCAGCCCUUCCAGGAGGAGAUGAUCCAGCGCUACUUGACCGACGCAGAGGAGCGUUUUCGGGCUGAGCAGGAGCAGCAGCGUCGUGAUGUAGAGAGGAAGGGCGUCACCAAUGGCAUCCAGCCAUCUAAGAAGGAGGUGGUUGGUGGUACGGAGCUGACUUACCGGCCUUAUGAGGCCAAAGAGGUGCUGUCAGAGAACUCGUCCCCUUCCUUCAACCCCCUCAAAUCCUCUCCUUUGAGCCCCUCUAUGUACUCUGGGGUCAUUCCCAUCCCCCGGCCCUCCUUCAUUGAUCAGACUCCUGCUGCUGCACCCCUCACCCAGCAUCUUCACAUGCAUGGCUACAUGGAAAAUCGGCGCCAGCUAGCCGGUGGCUCCCCGGUAACCUCCUACCCUGGCCUCCCCUCGUAUGCCACACUUCCGCGACACUGCCCCACAACACAGGGACCCUCACACCCUCAGUACAAUAUCCCACAAGGCCCCUCCUCCCUCAGUCCCUCCCGCCUUGCGCCCUCAUACCCCCCAGAGUUCGUCCCACCAGAUUAUCCUGUGUCUGAACCUGCUGCUGCUGGGAGCUACACCAACGGCUUCCGGGACAUCCACCCCAACCUAGACUCUCGGAGUGGGCAACCACCAGUCAGACACUACUCGCUGGGCAGCGCCGGUGGUUUGGCCGGCCUGCCGUCCAGCCGCUGUCGGACACCCAGCUGCACCUACUUCGGACACCCCGAGACGGGCAACUACUGCUCCUACUGCUACCGGGAGGAGCUGAAGAAGAGGGAGACAGAACCGGCCAUCCACAGGUUCUGAGCGGACCUUGCUAUGGCUUGAAUUCGUUGAGUGGCCUUUUCAGUUAAAGUGACGGCUGGGGCGGAUCAGCCUCUGUACGGACAAGAGAACGUCAAACAGCUCCCUCCCUCUCUCAGCUGUGUCACUUCCACCUCAGAGCGUGACGGAGAGUCGACUCCAUUACUGAAUGAGCAGGGUGGCUUCUGACUGCAGGGGAGAUGGUAUUAGACCAUAGGAUAAACUAACUGCACUUCUGUUACAUUUUGCUGUGGCUCUUAUGCAGGUGUCGUGUAUGAGUGUGUGUGUGUGCGUGUGUUUUGUUUGUGUGUGUGUGUGUGUGUGUGUUUGUGUGUUUGUGUGUGUGGGUGUGUGUUUGUGUGUGUGUGUGUGUGUGUGAGUGAGUUGCAGGCUCUCCUCCUUUAUCAGAUUUUAACGCCUUGCUAUUGUCUCCUCCUAGUGGAGAGAAUGUAUAUGGCAGGCGCCGUACAUAACACUUAUCAACACACAGUGCAUGCACACAUACACACCAAGUCAGACUCGCACUACACAAACAGCGAUGCAAGCACAAACAAAAGGCACGAGUGUCUCCUCUCCAUUUGUGGUCCGUGAUAAUGUUUGGGUGGUGAAUUAAGGGACGUUUGAGCAUUUUGAAGUCACAUCCUCUGAGGGUGAUAUCAGUGAUUUCAUUUUACACUACUGUUACUAGAUGCUUGCAUCACACGUACCUCGGGAAACAGCAGAGUUAAUCCUUUUUUUUCGUCGGUCACCAUUUGCAUAAUGCAAAAUUGCAACUACCGUGCAAUGCUAAUCGUUAAGCGUUCUGUAGGCUGCUGUGGUGCUAAUGUUCCAGAUUGCAAACACACGUAAAUGUUCAUGCAUCCAACACCACUGUCCUGCAUUGUUAGUAGUAUCUCUCCGGCUGAAGCAAACUAUACAUUUUGUCCAAGUCAUAUAUCUAUACAUUGGAUUUUGAAGAUGUCAGCAGUCGGUCGCAUUAUUGACCCGGCGUUGUAGAACAAGAAGACAUAGCAACAUAGGUCAAUAGUAAGAUGCUGUUCCCGGAGCCUGAUUCGGAGGAUUUCACAUGUGGUUGGAAUGUUUCUCUAUUGGGUCUUCCUGGUCCUGUCACAAUGGAUGGUGUUGAGGCGUUUUAUUAUUGUGGCCGACGCAGGUUAUGCAAUACAACACACUACAAGGUGAAGAUGUCACAUCCAGACCAGCAGAAUUUGGAGACGCGUGUGAAUAGAGCAUUUUAAAUAAGGUUUGUUUAAAAAUGCCAUGCAAUACAUUUUGGAUUUCAGACGGGUCAAAGUUUCUGUACAGCAAACGACGAGAUCUGUUAAUUAAACCGUUAACACGAAGCUGCAUCCGAGUGAAAAACGUUCUGCAGUUGUAAUUGUCUCCAAUUUCUGUUUCUGUUAAUGCUGCUUCGCAUUCGCUGGAUGUUGAUGCUCAAAACUAAUAAUUCACAUUGCACUGACAAACUCUGGUUUCCGAACGUCACGACAAACCCUCGACACUCUGCUGCUGCUUUUAGAAAAAAAUGUUUCUCAUCAUCACACUAAAGGUUAACGUCGCAUCCACGGAGGGACGUCUUACUCCUCAUUGGCUUGGUCGCCCACUGCAAACAUUUUUAAAGUUCUACUGAAGGCGGUUUCCUAACUCCUGGCAUUUGUCUCGCCCCGAAACCUGAUCUCUCUCUCUCUUUUUUUGCACAAAGUCAAGCACUUUCCUGAUGUCCGUCGAUACCGUAUGUUUUGCUGUUUUCGGAAGUGGCCUGACUGUUGUCCUGUGUUCAUCUCUGCAGACACUGCCACCUCUGUUCAUGGGAAAUUAGGGGCCUGAGGGUUUUUUCUCUAAAGGAUUCAGUUACUGUAGAGCUACAGCAUUUCGGUGCCAGUGUCACCAUCUAACUCAAUUUCCUAGUUGCCUUUUUUGACAUUUGUCCUCGCGGCAUCACCAUGUAUUUCCUCUGAAAAGAAAAAAAUUAUGUAAAUCAAAUAAUCCACUGCUUGCUUCAUCGCCUGCAGUUUUGACGACUACUGCCCCCUAAAUUUUAACAUAUUAAUAUUAUUUUCAUUUGUGUUGACGCUUUUGAAAUAAUGCCAUUAUUCUCUUUUCAGUUUCGGCAGAGGGUAUCAAUGAGUUGAUACCCAGCUGGUGUUCUGUCUUUGAGUUUUCCUUGUUAUCAUUUUAAGGCUGUUUUUGUUGUGCAAAUGUCAAAAUGACUACUUAAAUAAUGAAUAAUCUCCCUUAUGAUAAGCCAUGGUGGAGUGACCCUCGUUGCUCCACUCCUCCGGCACGAAGUCCAAUAGAAAAGCACAAUUUAGUAUGCAAGUCACUGCCUUGCCCAGAUGAGGGCGCCCCUGAUUUAGUUUUUUUGUCUUUGAACCCAGUAUUUGGAGUUUGCCCUUGUUGCUCGAAAACCCAAACUACAAACAUAAAUUACCAAAAUGUCAGGGGAAUAAAUCUCACACGUACUAAUUUAACACUAUAACAAUAUGUUUAGGUAUUUUCCAACAAUUGCAGAUGCUGUUAAAUGAAGGAGGGAGGCUUUUUUUUUUUUUUGCCGUGCAUUUAAGGACAAUAAAAAACACAGUUUCCCAAGAAAACAUUUGCUGUGUUUGUGUGUUGACGUGUUCAUGCACUAGCAUUUUAAAAUCCCAUCAAAUGUUCUCUUCCUAUGGGAAAGUGAUGCCUGUUUAACAAAGAAAGGAACGUGUAUGUGUGCAUACUCUCUGUCCUCCCUCCAAAGUAAUAACUAGCUUAAUAAAUCCAUUUCUUAUUUUUAUUUUUGCAACGAAAACGGAUGCCUCAGAACUGUGUUUAAAAACAUCGGACUCCACAGGCUAGACUUUUUUGUAUUUAAGAUUUAAAAAAAAACAAUGAGAGGUUGUAUGAGUAUGUUCCAUGUUAUUUUUGUAAAAGCCCAAAGUUUUACAGUGUUUUUAAAAAAUGGUAAGAAUGUAUAUUGUUGGAUACUGAAGCAGGGACGGACGAUGAGCUUGUAAGAGCCUGGGUUGGGUGUAGAACUGUUGUUGAAGGCGACUCCCAGACGAGCCUCGUGAAAACGCGGGGCUCCCUCGUUGCAAACUAAUUUCCUUAAUGCUGACCUAACGAGAUACCAUUUGAGAAUAUAUAUUUAUAGUGAGAUUUUUUUAAUAGGUUUCCUUGUGGAAUGUUUAGUUAAGGCGAGUUAGGAUGUUCUUUCUCACAUGGCUAAUUGUCAUAGCAGUCUGGCUUUUAUUUGUUGCAUUUUGAUUUGUACAUUUCAUUUCCGUUUUUUUAUUUUUUAUUUUUCUCUCCUACCAAAACCAACCCAUGCUAUGCUGAAACGUGACGGGAACGCUCUGGUCGACCCGGCGCGUUUCCUCCGAACCUGAAGAGAAAUGGCUCAGAAUUAGUUUUGCAACACAACUGACCCGAGUAUAUUUUUAUAUAUUAUAUUGUAAAAACACUGUCGUUUCUGUGGGAACAGAAUAUUCAUCAUCGGUGACAUUGACAUGGAAUACUUAGAGUUGCAUGGGACUGGAACUGUUGCAUGUAAACCGCAAUUCAUUUUACCAAAUUUGUGCAUUAUUUCAACUUGAUUUCAGAUGUCCUGGUAUUUUUAUCUUUUUUUUUUUUUUAUUAUUUCAUUUUGUUUCAUCUUAUUUUCUUAUCUUUUGAAUGUUUUGUUUUGUCUUUGAGAGGAGAGUCUCCCGAGGCUGUGUGACAGUGCAAUCUGGAUAGAAAGAACAUCAGAUUUUAUGUUAGGUUGUUAUUAUUAUUAUUAUUAUUAUUAUAUUAUUAUUAAUUUUUUGCACCGUUUGAAUAAAUUCUCAUUGUAUUUCAAGAACA